AUGAUCACUCUCGUCUUCCUCUCCGGUAUCAUCGCAACGUAUGCACAAUGGGGAUACACAGAUGAUUUUGCUCGUAACAAGAUCUUUCCUCUAAGUGCUGCAGCAUACUCAGAAAAUCCGAAAGAUUGCGUUGGCAAGGUUGCCUCGGAAGCGAACACGAUUAGAAAUGUGACUGUGAAAUGCGACGAUAGGAACACUUGUUCCGGUUAUACUGCUGUGCUUCCCUCUCAAAAGGCGAUUGUUCUAAGCUUUAGAGGCACUAAAACAAAGCUGCAGCUUUUGGAGAUAACUAGAAUAACUUUGGGAUUGAAAAGGUGGAGAUGGUACGUAGGUAACAAAUAUUUGGGACAAGUGGGGAAAUACUUUUAUGACGCUUUUCACGCAAUCUGGAGCCAUGGAAUGCAUGAGCAUCUGCGGGAACUUUUAGAAAAAUACCCUGAAUACAUGAUAUGGAUAACUGGACAUUCGCUUGGCGGUUCAUUGGCGUCAUUAGCAGCUUCCCACAUUGUUGCUUCUGAAUUAGCAGAUGGUAACAGAAUAAAGCUAGUAACAUUUGGUCAACCAAGAACUGGUGAUGAAACUUUUGUAAAUUAUCUCAGCAAGCAGGUAUACUACAGAAACGGUAUGGGGCCUAGCCCUCAAGACUUCACCGUAUGUGAUGGUGGGAGGAAUUAUUCAUUACAGAUCUGCACUCCGUGCUAA